AUGGCUAUACAAUACCAAGAUAGUGGAUUCUACGACGAGACUAUGAGAAUACUACACCAAGACGCUCACAGCGGAUAUCCACCGGCACAGCAUCACCUAGGCGAUACAUACCGGUUUUGCAUUGGCGUACAACAAGAUAAUGCAGUAGCAUUCAUGUUUUAUUGUAGAGCUGCAGAUAAUGGUAUAAUAGAAUCGCAGUACAGAGAAUAUCUUAUUCGUAUUAUCUAUGACAUUCCUGUCGUUACAUCUGGAGAAGAGAUAUCUGAACAAUCAGAAUAUAUAACUAUCAGUAAUAAGAACGCCAUGUUCAUCUGGCCAACAAGCUCUAUUUUAGAAAACUUUGUAGAAAUAUUGGACCAUCACAGAGCGUCAGUCAUACAACAGAAGAAAUAUUAA